CUUUUCUCUCAUUGCAUUACAUUUGCGGUGACCUUCUCUUUCUUGUCUCAUCUCCUUGCUCCUAUUUCGUGUUGGUAACUAAAGCUGGAAGUCUAUGUACUGACGAUAAUCAGCUACGAACAUCGCCGCGCCCAAUGACUUGUCUCUACUCGGCGCUAGCAGUAUUGCGAAAUUCUUCUCAAGUUAUGUUUAUUUGAGAAUAAUUGAAAGCCUAAAAUACUAGUACUCAGUGCAUUCAAGUGAAGCGGUCAAGAAUCAGUAAGACAUAUGCCCCCAAAACUUGUGUUUUUGGCUGGAGGGAAGGGACGAGAGAUGUCUCCUGAAAAGAGAAGAAAUUCCUCCUUGGACUCUCCCAAACGCAAUCCGGCGAUGAAUGAUUUAUCGAGGCAGUUCUCUGGCUUGUCCGUGACCAGCAGAGGAUCAUCUUCAUCCUCAUCAAUAGCCGCGAGCAAGGCCAGUAAGCGACGGUUUUCCUUGAGUAGCAUCACCGAGCCAUCCGACAUUGCCAGGGCACUGGGCGGUGGGCAUUUCAAAAGUGUGGUGUGCAUGGUAGGUGCAGGUAUAAGCACGGCCAGCGGUAUACCGGACUUCAGGACCAAAGGUACUGGGCUGUAUGAUAACCUCGCCAAGUACAACCUCACAGAGCCCGAGGACAUAUUCGACAUUGACUUCUACAAGUAUCAGCCGCAGCCAUUCGUGAUGCUGGCUCAGGAACUGUACCCGGGAAAGUAUCGUCCUAAUGUCGCUCACCACUUCCUGCGCCUGCUGCACGAGAAGAAAGUGCUACGGCGCGUCUACACGCAGAACAUUGACGGACUGGAGCGGCUGGCCGGUGUUCCUCCAGAGAAGCUGGUAGAAGCCCACGGGACGUUCUCCACGGCGUCUUGCACCAGCUGCCGUCGCAGUCAGGACCCGGAGGCGGUGCGGCGGACAAUCAUGGCCAACGGCGUGCCACGCUGCACACACUGUCGCCGCCUCGCCAAGCCUAACAUUGUGUUUUUCGGCGAGGACUUGCCCGAGCGAUUCCAUCGCCUUCGCUCGGUGGACCUGAAGACGUGUGAUCUACUGGUCGUGAUGGGAACGUCUUUGUCAGUGCAUCCGUUCGCCGGUCUUGUUGAUGACGUUCGCGCUACGGUUCCACGUCUUCUGUUCAACCGGGAUCUGGUCGGUCCGUUUCGCAAGCGUGCUGCUGGUGCUGCUGCUGGUGGCGGUCUGAAUUUCUCCCGUCGUCGGCCUGGCUCAGCACCCGACUUAGCUAUGCAGGGUGACCUGGCCUCGGCUCUGCACCGCUUCUGCCAAGCUUGCGACUGGCAAGAGUGUCUUGCUAAGCUGGAGAAUGAGGAUUCGGCAAGUGUGACGCCCUGCGGCGCGAAUACUCAGUCAGCGAGCAUGAGCGCUGCUGCCUCCGCUUGCCCUGACGGUGCUCCCAGCGCCGCGGGUUGUGAUCAGUCACGUGCAGACACGGCCACAGUGACCAGUAGCAAAGGCAGUAGCAGUGGCACUGGCACUGGCAGUAAUCAGUCUGCCAGCAUAUCUACGUCGAGUGCUACUAACACAGGCAGUGGUAGUGUAGCACAUACCACUGUGACAUCGUCAUGUUCGUCGUCUGCGUCAUCAGACACGUCAUCAAGUGGAAGCUCUACGACAAGUGGGUCAUCAACUGGAUCCUCCUCGUCAUCGUCAGUCUCUUCUACCAGUGAUACAGAGACUAGCCAAUCCAGCACAGCGGUGACUGAUAGUGUGUUUCACAGCAAGCAGGACGACACUGCCGCCAAGUCACAUGAAUCAGCAGCUCCAACACACACGUCUUCAUGCAGCAGUUCAUCAAAGGUAUCGAGCGUGAGUGUGAAAAGUGAAUCGUGCACACCUCCCGAAUCCGCUUCUGCAGCAGCAAGAAGAGAUGAAUCAAGUCGUGCAGACCCGCCAAACUCGGACCCGUCAAAUGUUCUGCCUACACAGGAAGGAGUGUCCUGAUUCAUGCAACAUAACUUCCUUCUCCUUGUCCUUUGGGAAUGCCAGGAGCUAUACGGUGCAGAGAGAAAGUGGCAUGGCACAUGCGUGAUGUAGGAAGUACACAUGCUGUGUGCACGUCUCGGCCACACAAUGCAAUGUGCAUCCUGAGCACGAGGGAUCUUCUCACACCUUGCAGCGCAUGAUCAGGUGGGCAAUGGCAAAGCGAUCGCCAUCGCCAUGACCAAUGCGGAGCAGCACGCGAGUGCCCGUCGCAUGGGCAUGGAAACAACAGGCAUGUCUACAGCUGUCCCGUUGGAUGCUUACGAGUACGCCUACAUCAGCGUCAGCCCCAGGGUCAAAAGCCAGCAAUGUAGGCACGUGCUGCUUGUCUUUAUUAGGCCUGGUUUGUUUAGAACACAGUCAUUGGGCGCCCACUGUGCUGGCUUGUGACGUACAUCAAGGCUAGGCAAAUGGGUGUGAGUAGCACAGACACACCGCCGUGCGACCAGCUUGAUGCGAUCAAAGAGAUCCAUGCUCAACGCAUGCUAUGGUUUGACUGUAGAAUUUCAUCAGAUCACAACCCCUCCCUCCAUGUCAGAUGGAAAAAUAGCAUUUCUUCUGCCAGCGAAGGCGUGUGCAUCACUCAUGGCUGCAGCAGGGUGUGGCAUUCUACAGAUGUCAUUUCUUCUACAUAAACGUUGGUGACCGCACAGGCGCUUGAUGCCCACGACGAGUAUGGCAACCGAUGUGUACUAGUCGCAUGCAGUGAAUGUGUGCUACGCUCACCGGUUCCUUAUCACUAUAUCGGGGUCCCCCCCAUAGCACAAAAGAGAACAUCGCGAUAUACAUGUAGAUUGGAGUGAUGACUGGAGAGGAAUACUGGUACGCGCCUCCAUUCAAUUCCAAGGCCUUCGUUUACACUCUCUUUUUAGUAUUACCUGCUCUACCUUCUCUCGGCUGCUCUCAGCUACAAAUUCUUCCAAAUAAAAUAAAUAAAUUCUAUCCAAAUUUUUGGGCCAGGCACAACUUCAGCCUCUACCAGCAGUGUUCCUAGGCAGGCAUUCUAAGUUUUGGUCUUUCCUUUUUUGUUACUUCCAUUAGUCAUUCCGAAUUGAAGAAGUAUUUUUAUCACACCGACAACACAUGGUGCUUGCUAUGAAAUUUCUACGAAUUUUCAACACUAUUUUGAGUAUUUUCUUCAAUGUAGUCAGGUAUUUGAAGUGGUGAUACUGUGA